AUGUCGCUCAUCUUCCUGUCACUCCUCGCCUCGUCCGCCGAGACACUCCGCCUCUACGUCCACCGUGAGGAGCCAAAGCUCGACAACCCAAACGGGCCCUGCUCGACUCUCCUCGACAUCGCUCCGUCGGCCGGCGUCGACGGGGCUCUCCGGCUCGCCUCUGCUCGCCUGCAAGUCUCACUCAGCUCGCUUGCCACCGAGAGCGGCACGACCGUCACCUCGCUCGCUGCGCUGGCCAACGACACCACCCUGCGCGCCCUCGAGGCGUCGCACGCAGAGGCGGCGGCGCGGAGAGAGCUCGCCGCAGCGUACCGGCUCUUCCACAUGUAUGGACUCGCGCCCUUUGACGGCGAGAGCAUCAACUUCAUCGCGGCCCGCCGUGCCCAGAUCUAA